AUGUUGGAUCAUCGAAGGAAUGAAGAAAGAAGGGAAUCAGGAAGAGAUGGAUUAGUGGCAGUGGCAGUUGACAAAGAUAAAUUCAGCAAAUAUGCUCUCAAAUGGGCUGCUGAACAUCUUCUCCGCAGAAACCAAACCGUCAAACUCAUCCAUGUUCUUCAUCGAUCAGGGGGGAAUGAUGAGGAACUGAUUCAACAGCAUCCUGAUAAUCAAACCAUGGAUGUCUUUCUUCCAUUUCGUUGCUUUUGUACGCGCAGAAAUCUACAAUGUGAAUUGGUAGUACUCCAGCAUCAGAAUGUGGCAAGAGCGCUCAUCGAAUACGUUUCCAAUCAUGCAGUCAAAACAUUGUUGCUUGGUUCCCCAUCAAAGAAUGGCCUCACCAGACUAUUCAAGGCUACAGAUAUUCCAAGUACAGUAAUGAAAUGGGCACCCGAUUUUUGCAAUGUAUAUAUUGUUUCAAAAGGAAAGUGUCAUGCUGCACGAUCUGCCACUCGUCCAUUCCCACCUAUUUUAGCUGGAGAAGUACCACACCCUCAAAUCCUCCCUACAAACAUCUCCAAUGAAGAAGUCACUAUAGCGUGUGAUGAGUUUUCAGCUCCAGAGAGAGGGGACUCGUAUAUAAAUUCUGGAAGGCCAAGCACGGAUAGCACUUUUUUCGCCUUCUAUGAAAAUCUGGGAAUGAAUCCUUCAAGGAAUUCAGCAUCCUCCAGGGCUCCACAUAAUUCUCUUUCUGAAAUUCCAUCAGGCUCUUUUGACAGUGAAAGAGCUUCUGAUUCUUCUCAGAAUACGGAUGAUACUGAUGAGGAGAUUAAACGGCUUAAGAUGGAGCUUAAGCAAACAGUGGAAAUGUACCAUACACUCUACAAAGAAACACUAGCUGCCAAAGAUAAGGCAAUUCAAUUGGAGCAAUGGAAAAUGAAAGAAGAGAAAAGAUUACAGGAGCUACUGCUUGCUGAGGAAAGGGACCAAGCAAAAUAUAAGGCUGCAAUUGAGGCAUCUGAAGCAGCUCAGAAAAUUCUGAAGUUAGAGAUACAACAUAGGGUGAAGGCAGAAAUUAGAUCACUCAGAGAGGCUGAAGAGAAAACAAAGGUCUUAGAUGCUUUGGGAAAAUCCCAUAUGGUCCUCAAAUACCAGGUCAUGCCGUUUGGCCUGAAAAAUGCUGGGGCUAUUUACCAAUGCUUGGUGAACAAGAUAUUCGCCGAUCAAAUUGGAAAAAUUAUGGAGGUGUACAUCAACUACAUGCUGGUCAAGUCAAAGCCAGAAGGGGAAAUAAGCUCGCUAGGGGCAAAUACCCCAGGAGAAAAAAAACAGCAAAAGCUAAAGCUCGACAACCUUUGGCAAUGGACUUUGUAUGUAGAUGACUCUUUAAAUAAGAAGGGGGCAGGACCAGUGCUCUUGCUCGAAAGUCUUGAAGAAAACCUGAUCAAAGCCGCAGUAAGAUUCAGGUUCGUUGCCUCCAACAAUGAGGCUGAGUACGAGGCAUUGCUUGUAGGGAUCUGCCUCCCCAAGGAAAUGCGGGCAGAGUCCAUCAAAAUUUAUAGUAAUUCCUAG